UCUGCUGCUAUCAGUGGGUCAAAGAAAGAUGGCGGCGGAGGAGAGCAGGUUGAAGCAGCGGAAUCACAAAAACAGCAUCUUCAAAGAAGGUGACCACGGGUUUAAAUCUGACACUUCCCCCAUGAGGUGUGAGGAAGAGUCCGACCUGCUGAAGGAGGAAGAGCUGGACGUAGCCAGGCCGGUGCAGAUCGUGGUGGCGGAUGAGGAGGAGCACUCGUUCUCCCUGCAGGAGGAGGCACUGGAGCGGCUGCUGCUGAAGGAGGAGGUGCAGGACCUCAACGUGGUCGUCGUCUCCGUGGCCGGAGCUUUCCGCAAGGGGAAGUCCUUCCUGCUGGACUUCAUGCUGCGCUACAUGUACACACAGUCGGAGUCGUGGGUCGGCACUGAGGAGGAGCCUCUGACCGGCUUCUCCUGGCGGGGGGGCUGUGAGCGGGAGACCACCGGCAUCCUGGCCUGGAGCGAGGUGUUCGUGGUGAAGAAACCAGACGGCUGCAAGGUCGCAGUUCUACUAAUCGACACACAGGGGGCGUUUGACAGUCAGUCCACCAUCAAAGACUGUGCCACACUGUUCGCUCUCAGCACCAUGACCAGCUCUGUUAUGGUGUACAACCUGUCCCAGAAUGUCCAGGAGGACGACCUCCAGCACCUCCAGCUCUUCACUGAGUACGGGCGGCUCGCCAUGGAGGAAGUGUAUGAGAAACCGUUUCAGAGUCUGAUGUUCCUGAUCAGAGACUGGAGCUACCCCUACGAGCAUCCGUACGGCCUGGAGGGAGGACAGAGCUUCCUGGAGAAGCGUCUGCAGGUGAAGCAGAACCAACACGAGGAGCUGCAGAACGUCCGGAAACACAUCCACUCGUGCUUCUCCAACAUCGGCUGCUUCCUGCUGCCGCACCCCGGCCUCAAGGUGGCCACCAACCCUCACUUUGACGGACGGCUCAGAGAUAUCGACGAUGAGUUUAAGAAGGAGCUGGUGAACCUCGUCCCAACGUUGCUCUCUCCAGAGAACCUGGUGGAGAAGGAGAUCGGCGGAGUGAAAAUCACCUGCAGAGACCUGCUGCAAUACUUCAAAGCUUAUAUGAAGAUCUACCAGGGAGAGGAGCUUCCUCACCCCAAGUCAAUGCUGCAGGCAACAGCUGAAGCUAAUAACCUUGCGGCUGUAGCAGGAGCCAAAGACCUGUACAACAAAGGCAUGGAGCAGGUCUGCGGCGGAGACAAACCCUACAUCAACCCGGCGGAGCUGGAGCGCCGUCACCUGGAGCUCCGGCAGGCGUCGGUGAAACACUUCCGCGGCGUUAAGAAGAUGGGCGGCGAGGAGUUCUGCCGGCGCUACCAGGAGCAGCUGGAGGCGGAGCUGGACGAGACAUACAGCAACUUCAGCAAACACAACGACGGCAAGAACAUCUUCUUUGCCGCGCGGACGCCCGCCACGCUGUUCGCCGUCAUGUUCAUCAUGUACGUGGUGUCGAUGGUCACGGGCUUCGUGGGCAUCAACUCCGUGGCAGUGCUGUGCAACCUGGUGAUGGGCGUGGCUCUGACGGCGCUCUGCAUCUGGGCGUACGCGAAAUACUCCGGAGAGUUCCGUGAGGUCGGGGGAGUUAUCGACCAGGUGGCUGAAACCCUCUGGGAACAGAGGACUCCAAGAAAGGUAUGUUUCACUUCCUGUAUAGGCUGCUACAUUUGGUCCAUUUUCAGCACGAGGCCAUUUCAGAUUUUCCUCACGAGAUCACAAGUAGCUUCGUUGAAUGUGAGCGAGCUACAUAACGCCUCCUUUUCAACAGGUGCUCUUUUAUUGUCCCCUGGAAAUGCAAAUUGGAUAACCAUAGUUGACGAAAUUAAGGCAGCUUUAUGCCAGGUUUCCCACAGAUGAAAUGGUUUUGCACGACUCUCCUCACAACUGCUACCAGGUGCUGUUGUGUCUUCCUGCCCUCCCUCCUGACCGCCUCUCCUCCUCUCCCUGCAGGUUUUCUCCAAACUCUUCGAAGUGGCUCGGAGUCGAGUCCCGUUAGGAAGUCUUAUCCCGGCCCCUCGGCCCCGGCUCGCCUCAAACAACAACGUGAAGAAGAAAAACUAGCAGCCCCCCAUCUCUGUCCUUUCUCUUCUACCCCCCCCCCCCACCCCUCCCUCCCUCCCCACUCCCUGCUCUGUUUUGAAACCACGUUUUUUAGUACGGUUUGAGACGUGUAAAUGAGUUUCUGUUCUCGGACUGUAGACGAAGGUUCCUCGCCGCGCUGGCUGUAGGUUUUAAGGACUCGCUGUAGACGCAGCAGUGUGAUGUAUUUUAUUAUUUUUCAGUGGGCGGGGUUACAGUAUUUAUUGGUGGGAGGGGCCAUUAUUCUAUCACAGUGUCGUCCCAGGUGCGUGCUCGCCGGACGACGGCAUUAAUGAUUCCCGUUUUAUGUGAAUGUAUGAAUGAUGAGCAUGACCACAGACCCUCCUCAUGGUCCCCCCCCCUCCCUCCCUCCCUCCUGUCCUCUCAGUCGGGUUGUUUCUGUCGCUGGGCGGGGUCACGAGGAGGAGUCACGACCAAAGUUUACAGCUUUACUCGCAGAGGCUCUCGGACUGAGUGACUGACAGCAGGCAGGAAACUGCUACUGUUGAGGAUUUUAAUCAUGGUUUGGUUUCAGGGAAAUGUUGCAGGUUUUCCUCUCAGAAUCACAAAUUCAUGGAUGUAUUUGGACAGACUGAAGCGUGGUGAACAGUUAACAAAAGCUCGACUGAAAACUGGACUGCAGAUGUGAUUAAAUGAAAGGAAAAACGCAUAAGUACGUGAGCAUAGGGAUCAGAUCUGGACCAGAUACCAGGAAAUAUUCACUUCACUCGACCGUAACUCAAGUCUUUUUCACAUGAUCCUCAUGCCAGAGAUCGAAGUCGACAUUAGCUUGGCAUUACUCAUUUAUCAGUGCGUUUCUCAUACCGUUUUUGCCCUGCUAUGGGAGCAGUUGACAGGAAGACUUCCAGCAUGUGACUGACCAUGUUAAUAGAUGGAGUUAAAUCAGGAGCUGGGCGGUGACGGCAGUUGUUUCACGCUCUUGUAGGUUUUUAAAAUUAAGAAUAUUUGGACUCAUGACUGAAAAAGUGGUUCCUGCAGAUGGUUUCUGUUACUGUAAACAUCCAUGAGUUUGUGAAAGUAGAACUGUGAGUAAAAUAAGUUACAUUUCCCCCGAAACCAGCUGACACUUGAAGUAGCCGUCUGAAGUUGCCCUUUAUUAUCUUUGAUUGAUUCAUCUUUUAUUUUUCAUAUUAUCAGUAAUGACAUGAUCAUGAUUUGCAGUAUUAAACCUAUUAUGUGUUUUCUAGGUUACUUUGAGGGUUCAUAGAUUGUGGAGGAACUCAUGUUUGGAGUCAGGGAAGAUUAGGAACUAUUUCUUGAUGGACAACAGCUUAUCCUUCCACCGCUGAUCCACUUAACGUAGAAAAAUGACACGUUUGAUCCCCAAAAACAGAAAGCACUACGAACCAUUCCUUAAAUCUUGAACGAUAUCUGGGUUAUUGUUUUGGGGUGUCAGGCUUUUUAAACAUGACCCAUUUUGAUCUGACUGCCAGCGACUCAGAGGGUAAAGCUUUUUUUUUAAAAUUUGUUCAGCUGAGACCUUGUAGAUAAUAUUUAAUUGUUAUUUAACUCUAGUAUUAUUCCCCCUCUGUCAUUCCUCCCCUUCAUCGUCACAUCUAAAGGACUGUACGACCUCUUAUUGUUGUUUUUUAAACCACCAGACACUACAAAUCAUCAUUUCAUCGCUUGCAUUUUAAUGUUGUUCGUUUCCGUUUUAAAGCCAAACUCUGAGCAUCAGAUGACUGAAAUUCAUUCCAGACGUCGACCUCAUCACGUUGUUGUUUUCCUGACUCGUAUUUCUUAAUUGAAUCCUCAUCAUUCCAUCCACCACAUCACCACCGUGUGCUUUUUGUUUUUGUACAGUUUAGUUUUUUACAGCCUCAUCCACACAUAGGGCAUGUGUAUGAAUAUAUACAUAUAUAAAUAUAAAUUUUCUAGACCUUUUUGUAGCUGUAAGAACAACGGUUUGGGUGGUAGACCAGAUUCAGCUCACUGGACGUAAAGGAAUGCUUUCGUGAUUUGUGGAUAUGUCUAAGAAAUUCCUUUUUUAUAUAUAUUUGUAAAUUUAACCUUACAUGAGCACUGCGAUUCCACCCCCUGCUGCCGAAGAAUGUUUUUGAUCUGGAUUCUUUUUUUUCCUUUCUUUAUUCCUUUGUCUUACGUUGCAUUUUAAAGUUAUUUUCGUUAAUUUAUUUUUCAAUACAAUAAUAAACCAAACUCGUACAACACAAAGAA